AUGUCGACCUCGUCACGCUCGUCUUCCGCAUCGACGGCGUCUUCCGCAUCGCGGCGCUCAAAGCGGCUGAGCUACGCCGACGCGGACACGGUCCUCGGCGAGAAACUCACGACAGCGCCGGUACGGGGUCUGCGGCCAAGCCCCCGUGCCGGCUCGAUCAACACCGCGAUUGGUGCCGCGCGCCAUGCAUCAUUACGCACCCGCGCGCAGCAGCGCUGGUUGACGUUGCUGCUCGCGCUCAUGCGGACACCAUACCUCGGUGCGGUUACAAUGCGUGUGCUCGAGGCCUGUGCCUACGCCGCCUAUGUAAAGGGCUCUGUUAUAGUAUUCACUCGUCGGCGUUCGGGGCCGCCGGUAGCGGUGGCAACGGAGCCGGGCUCCUCUUGCGAGAACGUCGACUUGUGCGAGGCGGACGGCACUGCCCAAACACAGGUGUCGCAGGCACGGUGCAGCGCCGACCUGUCUGCGGCAGACGACCUCUCAGCGCCGCCGCGUCUCUCGCCGGCCGGCCACCCCUCCUCCUCGCUUCUCUUCUCUCGCGACGCGCCGCUGCGUGAGCACGCCCUUGACUGUCUCUACAUCGGCGCCAGCCCGAUCCACAGCAGAGGGCUGUUCGCGGCACGUGCACUGCCGCGCGGCACCCGCAUCAUCGCCGAGUCGCGCCGCUCCCUCCUACUCGCCCCGCACUUUGUCACCUUGCUAGCUGACACGCACGAGAAGCUGCCGGAUACGUGGCACUACACCCAACCUACCGGGUGCGUCGUGGAGUUGGUGACGCAGGCUCAGCCGCAUCAUCUAAUGAACCACAGCUGCGCACCGAAUGUGUGCAGUGGACUCUCACACACGUUCUGGGAGGCCGCCACGAUCGCAGGUAAGUGGCAGGAGCAGCAGCAGCGCUCACGGCGGAGCGGCUCCACGCACCGUGCCGCCAGUCAGCGCACGGAGGCCUCCCACGUCAACGUGAGGGAGGAAGGUAGUUGCAGUGACGGGACAGCUUGGACUUCGUCGUCGUCGUGCUUGGCCGCCGCAGCGCACAGCGCGGGCUGUGGCGAGCGGUUGACGCGGUGGCCGUACUUCGCUGACGCGAACAGCUUCUUCCUGACUCGCGAUGUCGCGGCGGGAGAGGAGCUCACGCUGGACUACAGCACUCGCAUGGCCCCCCUCUACGCAGGGGACUCAGCACGCGCGCUGCAGUCGCGCAGCUGGCUGCUCUGCCGCUGUGGGCAGCCGUGCUGCCGCCACUACGUGUACCGCCCAAAGCCAGAGGUCAGCGUCUUUCUGCGCGCGCUGUGCACGGGGUCCUACGGACACGAGCGCGGCACGCAGCCGUCAGGGCAGCACAACGUGCCGUUGAUGCCGGAUCGUGCAGCGCUGUCUUGCCCGAUGGACGCGCGCGACCCCGUGCAUGUCAUGGCAAAGUUGCUCGAGCUCGGCUUCGAUGAUGAACUUGUGCUCCUGAGCUAUGCCGCCAGCAGUGCGGACGUGGUGGCAUACCUUUAUGGGCAGCCGCUUCCCUCACUACAGAGGCCCUCACGAGCGCGAUCGCUGGCACCAUUCGCACGCAUGUGCCCGUCGUCAGCGGGCGCGCCGCCAGCGUUGCACGAGAGCAUUAUCGACGUGGAGGUGCGCAGGGUGACCAAGCGCCAGCUGCUCUCGCAAUACCGCUAUGUCUUCCAACUCUUGAACGAAGCGGUGCCGGUACGUACGUGA